AAUAAUUCGUGGGCUUUUCAUUUUCUUGGCGAAACUAUAAACAAUUUCAACCCCGAGUUUCGCUGCUCUUUUUUAGGGUCUCAAUUACGUACAAGGGAUAUUUCUGCAUUUUGUUGUUGUAUUGAUAAAAGGAUUUGGAAUAGCAUUUGAGGCUUUGAAUCUGAGCAAAGAUUCUGUUUUUUCAUUUGAUGCCCAAAAGGUUGAAUUUUUAUGGUGUAAUUAGGUUUGUAUGCGAAACAGAUUUUUGAUCCGUUCAUAGACGGUGGCGUUUUGGUGCAGCUUUAACCACGGAUUUAGAUCUGAGAUUAGGCUAAUUGUGAUACUUUUGAGUUGAUUGACGUUUUAUGUUGUUCAAGGUGUAGAAGGAUUGAGGGAUUUUUGGGGGGAAUAGACAGUGCUCCAAGCUCUGGUGGAAAAGAAAGGACAAAAGGAAUUGGUGAAAAAGGGUGUUGGUUUAUCUAAAGGAGAGCUAUCUUCUAGUGAUUUUAUUGGGGUUGGGUGAUUUUGAUCCAGGGCUGUUUUUUCUCAUCUUGGGAAUUUCUUUAGCUGCUUCUCUGACAGGUUGAAAUUAGUUGGUUGUUUCUCUUGUUGAAGAAAUUUAGAUUGAUGAUAUGUGAAGGAGAAUGGCUGCGGGUGCUGAGUUAACACAUCCAUUUACUAUUGUAGAGAGCGAUUUUAGUAAUGAUAAUAGCAGUGAGGUUUCUGAGGUGAAAGAUGUAAUAGUAUCAGAUAACUCGGAAGAACUGCCGCAGACAGUGAAUGGUAAACCGCCACGGCAUUUGUCAGUUGUGCGGCACUCUCUCGGAGCUGAUGCUCUCAUGCCGCCUUCGGAGUUGGAUUCUUGUCAUGGGAUGACUGGAGUCAAGUCCCCUACAGAUCUAAUAUCUAGCUAUACACCGAUUUUUCGGUCUGGAAGCUGUGCUGAGAAAGGUCCUAAGCCAUACAUGGAAGACGAACAUAUCUGUGUAGACGACUUACCCCAAUAUCUAGAUAAUGUCUCUGGUUUCUCUUCAAGUGCAGCUUUCUACGGGGUGUUUGAUGGUCAUGGAGGCACAGAUGCCUCGUCGUUUGUCAAGAACAAUAUUCUCAAUUUUAUAGUCGAGAGCUCCUGUUUUCCAGCAUGCAUGGAGAAAGCAAUCAAGAGUGCAUUUCUUAAAGCUGAUUACGCGUUUGCGGAUGAUAGUUCCCUCGACAUAUCAUCUGGCACCACGGCCUUGACUGCAUUCAUAUGUGGAAGAAAACUGAUAGUCGCUAAUGCUGGAGACUGUCGAGCUGUCCUGGGGAAGCGAGGUAAAGCAAUCGAGAUGUCUAAAGAUCACAAGCCAAAUUAUGCUUCUGAGAGGCAAAGAAUCGAGAAACUAGGAGGAGCCAUCUAUGACGGUUACCUCAACGGGCAGCUCUCCGUGUCACGGGCGCUGGGAGAUUGGCACAUGAAGGGGCCAAAAGGGUGCAGCUGCCCUCUGAGCGCCGAGCCUGAGUUGCAGGAGACAUGGCUGACGGAGGAGGAUGAGUUCUUGAUCAUUGCCUGCGACGGCCUCUGGGAUGUGAUGAGCAGCCAAUGUGCCGUCACAAUGGCUAGGAAAGAGCUGAUGCUUCACAAUGACCCUCAACGAUGCUCGAGAGAAGUGGUUAGGGAGGCGCUGAAACGCAACACGUGUGAUAAUCUGACGGUGGUGGUCGUCUGCUUCUCGCAGGAUCCUCCGCCCCGGAUUGAGAUCGUCCCGGGCCGAGUUCGGCGGAGCAUAUCGGCAGAAGGGCUGAAUCUUCUCAAAGGCGUGUUGGAAGGUAACUAGAUAGACAUGUAUGUCAUUUCUUGAUAAUUCACCUUUUGUAUAUGUGACUCUACUGUUUGUCGUGUAUAUCAUAUUAUUCUUAUUUCA